GAUCACAUAUAGUUGGUGGAAGGUUCAUAAUAUGGGGCCGACUACAUACUACUACAGUAGUAUAGAAUUUCAGAAGACCCGAUGUGAUGUGUAUAGAACAUUGGUGUUGUAAAGUUGUAUUGUUGUUAUUGUCUCUUAUGUAGGUAGUUAACUUAUGAAGUUAAAAAUUAGUUAAUCCAAUGAAAAUGCUGUCAGUCUGUUAGUAUUUAAUAUAAUAUAUUAUAUUAUCGUUAUAGUAAAUAUUGGUUAACGGUUAUACACCAUUACACCCACAUAUUAGAACAUUUUAGAAAAAUACUGUUUAGUGUGUAGUGACGUUAAUUUGAUGUAGUGAAUGUAUAUUUUAAAAUAUAAUUGGCUUAGUCUCAGCUCACCAUUGGCAAUGAAGGCGACGUAUACCUGGUUAAUAUACUCGUGUUUAAUUUUCGGAUCCGCCAUUUUGUGUGACAGAAAAAUCGAAAAACGACAAGCUGUAUCUUCUUGCUCAGUAGACACUGAGGAUAAGUUUUAUUGUUCAAAUGGACUGUGUAUCGAAUGGUCGUGGGUUUGUGAUGGUCGUAAUGAUUGUUCAGAUGGUUCGGACGAGACCAAAGAGUUGUGUGCUCGAUAUGAAUAUGGAACAAAUAUGACCACAAGUUGUGGUAAAGUGUAUGUCAAUAAUGAUGAAUUGAUCGGCAAUGGUGAACAAUUAACUGUCGGAACGUUACCUUGGAAGGUUGGAUUGUAUGAAAAUGCAGAUUCUCAAUAUCAUAUGUUUUGCGGAGGAUCAAUUAUUGCUUCAAAUGUAGUAAUUUCUGCGGCUCAAUGUUUUUGGGAAAGAAAUGUGUCACCUGAGGAAUUAUUAGCAAAAAAUAGACAAUACAUAGUUGUUGUUGGAAAAUUUGAUACAAAUGUAACAGUGAUUAAUAACAGUGUUGUUGACAAUGACUUAGUUCAAAUAAUGAAUGUGGAAAAUGUUUUCAUGAAUGAAGGUUAUAAUGGAUUUACUGGUUUAUUUGCUGAAGAUAUUGCUGUAAUUGUAUUAACGAAGAAUAUUUCGUUUAGUAAUGGUGUAGUACCCGUUUGUGUCGAUUGGAAUAAUAUAUAUAAUGUGAAGAUAGGAGAUCAAGGAAAGGUUGUUGUUAGGGGCUCGAAAAACGGCACAGAAGGUCCUGUUUUAUUUGCAAAAUUAUUUCAAUAUAUCGGCUCUACUACUUGUCGAAAAUUACAUUCAGACGGAUUUCUAAGGUUUCUGACUUUUGAUAAGUUUUGUACCGAUAAUUCAUUGGAACAAAGAAUGGUUGCUGAAAAUAUCGGAUCAGGCAUAAGCUUUUUACACGAUAAUUCUUAUUAUUUAACCGGGAUACUGAGUAUCACAAAUAAGUCGAAAUACGAUUCAGUCCUAGGUUUUACAGAUAUUAAAUACUAUGUUCAAUGGAUUCGUGUACUUUUAAACAAACACUUUACAGUGAAUUCAUGCAUUCUACCAACCGUCGAAGGAGUUGUAUAUUCCUACGAAGGUUCUAAUAAAAUUAUAUCUCACGGGGCAUUAAUUAAUCAUAAUCUUACUAUUAUUGAGAAUUGUGAAAUUGGAUACCAUAAGGCUUAUCCCAAUGGUUUUAGGGUUUGUCUUGGAAAAGGAAAAUGGUUAUUCAAUUUUGAGAAAUUAUGUUUUAAAAUGUGUCCACCUCUAGAAUCGGAUAGUUUAGAUAUUAAAUGUAGUCAUAAUGGUAAGUAUGCUAAUUGUUCAAAUUUAUUGAUACCCGGUACAAUAGCAACGCCAUCUUGUAAGCCAUCAUAUUAUUAUACUGCUCCUAAUGGACAAGAUGAGAAUCCGCCUGAAUUACUUUGUCAAUCUAAUGGAAUGUGGAAUAAACAGCUAUAUAGAUGCAAUCCAUAUUGUGGUAGAUUAUAUAAGGUAAACCAAGUACUAAUUGAAAAUAGUGAAAAAGCUCCUUUUGGAACAGCACCUUGGAAUGUUGGAAUAUAUCAAUUAAAUAAAAAAAAUUUCAAUUAUGACUUGAUUUGUGGAGGAUCAAUUAUUUCUUCAAAUUUAGUCGUUUCUGCGGCUCAUUGUUUUUGGUAAAAAGGUAUGUUGUCUAAGAAAAUAUCAAUUAACGACGGUCUAUACAAAGUUGCUGUAGGAAAAUAUGCUAGAGAUUUUUCAGUAAUUGACAAUGAUUUUACUCAAAUAAUUGAUGUAGAAAUGAUUCACCUGAAUGAAGGUUAUUUUGGAUCUCUUGAAUUUCAUGCUGGAGAUAUUGCUAUUAUUGUUCUACAAAAUAGAGUUUCUUUUAGUAAUGGUGUUGCACCUGUUUGUAUCGAUUGGAGUGGUAAAUACAAUGUAGUCAAUGGAGAUCACGGAAAGAUUGUUGGUUGGGGAAAGACGGAAAUGGACAUUUUAAGUCCUAUUUUAUUAGAAGCAUCUUUACCAUACAUCGACCAUAGUUCUUGCCAGAAAAUGUAUACAAAUGGAUUUGAACCAUAUGUGACUGUUGAUAAGUUUUGCGCCGGUUCUGAAUCAGUUUCAGGACAAGCAGUGAGUAAAGGUGAUAGUGGUGCUGGCUUAUGCUAUAACCACUCUGAUUCUUAUUAUUUAACCGGAGUAGUAAGUAUCAAGGAUCCAAAUACACAUAAUUCAAUUGCAGUUUUUACAGAUGUUAAGCACUACAUUCUAUGGAUUCGUAGACUGUUUAACAAAUAUAACUAAGUACAAUAAGAUUAUGGCUAUGUUAUUAAAAUAUGUAUUCUAGUUGUAAUUAAAAUAUUUGAAUAUUUCUACAGGUGUUGUCUUAUAUAUUAAUAUAUACAUAAUACAUAUU